GCUGGACGCGUCCCGGGCCACCAUCUUCCGGUAGAGGCCCAGGCUGCACAGGUACUCGUCCAUGUUGACGAAGUACUUCUUCAGGCCUUUCUGCAUCCCGCCGCCGGAAAACUCUGCUCAACAUUCACGGUAAACUCGGCUAACACGGUCCGCUUCAGACAGCACGAGCCGCCGCCGUGACGCCGCCAGGUGAGUUUAAUCAGGUCUGAUCAGCGCGCGACUCCCUGCUGCUGCUGAGGCGUUCAGGGACCCGCCGAGGCUCGGACAGAAGAGACUCAACAUCUACUCACUGAGCAAACACGGGACCAGUACUGGACUCAAGUACCGGACUCACGCACAAGUUAGAGAUGUUUUCAGAAAGUGCUUCUGACAUCAUGUCCCCAGAGCCCCGGUGGAAACGGCCCCUGCGGGUCUGGAUCCGGAUCCGACCGGAGGGCUGCUCCGUGGCGGUCUGAGGCUCCCGCCCGGUUUAACGUCACAUUCACAGAGACAGAAGAAGAAGGUCCUCGCAGUGAAUACUGUGGAACUCACUGCCAUUGCUUUAGCUCUUAAUUGGGUGCUUAUGAAUUGCAUUGGAGGCAUAAACAGAGCUGUAGUUGCUUCAAACAGUCAAGCUGCGUUAUUGAGCAUAAAAACAGGAAAGUCAUUCAGACUUGAUCUCUUAUACAAAAUAUACCACAUACUGUUUCAGCUGCAUAGUAAAGAUGUUUGUGUUCAGUCUGUCUGGGUCCCUGCCCACGUAGGUGUUGAUGGAAACUAAGAGGCGGAUAUUCUCGCUAAACAGGCACUGAAACUGGAUGUGGUUAAUAUCAAUGUCCCUUUGUGCAAAGCUGAGGGGAAAUCUAUUAUUCAGAGUAAAGUGAUUGGGAUGUGGCAAGAGCAGUGGGAUAGUAAUGACACUGGCAGACAUCUUUACUGUGUGCAAAGAAACGUGGGAGGGGGUAGGUCUAGGGUGAAGCCGGAGAGAAGAGGCAGCGCUGACACGUUUGAGGUUUGGCCAUUCAGGUCUCAACAGAUCUUUGUUCCGUAUAGGAAACAUCAGACAGGAGCCUGUGAGCCAGAAACAGCUGAGCAUGUCCUAAUAGAGUGCAGUAAUUACAGGGAGGAGCGUAACUGUUUAACAUCAGUCCUCCAUAAAGAAGGGAAAGUUCUUACUUUAGUUAAUCUGUAUCUGUUAAAAACACGGGUUGUUUUACCGUAUUUACUAUGAGCAUAUUUAUACCUUAGGUGAAUAUUUCCCUCUGACUGUUCUCGACGACCACACUCCAGUCCGGUAGGUGGCGGUAAAUACACCUGAAGUUGCGAACCGCCAGCUAAACUCUAAAAGAAGAAGAAGAAGGUCGGGGUGCGCAUGCGCGUCAUAACAGCCCGUAGUGGCCGUGGGGGUCACCGUGGUUCAGGCUCAGCCCGGUUCUGUCGGUAACUGAGCGGUCCACAUGUUCAGGCUGCUCCUCCGGAGGCUCCGGCCCCUCAGCGGGGCUCCGGGGCUCCUCUCUGCCGGCUCAGCUCGCUCCUCCAGCGGCUUCUCUGCCGCCCGGGUCCGCGGCACCUUCCUGGACUUCUUCCGGCAGAAACACGGACACCUGCUGGUUCCGUCCUCCCCGGUCCGGCCUCGAGGAGACCCCAGCCUGCUGUUCGUCAACGCCGGCAUGAACCAGUUUAAGCCGGUCUUCCUGGGGACCGUGGACCCCCGCAGCGAGAUGGCCUCGUACCGCCGAGUGGCCAACAGUCAGAAGUGCGUCCGAGCCGGCGGCAAACACAAUGACCUGGAGGACGUGGGCCGGGACCUGCACCACCACACCUUCUUCGAGAUGCUGGGGAACUGGUCCUUCGGAGACUACUUCAAGGAGGAGGCGUGUCAGAUGGCGUGGAGCCUCCUCACUGAGCAUUAUGGGAUACCUGCAGACCGCCUGUACGUGUCGUAUUUCGCCGGAGACGCGGCGUCGGGUCUUCCUGCCGACCACGAGACGCGGAACAUCUGGUUGGACGUCGGGGUCCCUCCGGGUCGCCUCCUUCCGUUCGGCCUGAAGGAGAACUUCUGGGAGAUGGGGGACUCGGGCCCCUGUGGCCCCUGCACCGAGAUCCACUACGACCAUGUGGGAGGACGAGACGCCGCGGCGCUCGUCAACGCUGACAGUCCUGACGUGGUGGAGAUCUGGAACCUGGUCUUCAUGCAGUACAACAGGGAGGUGGACCAGGGUCUGCAGCUGCUGCCCCAGUUCAGUGUGGAUACUGGGAUGGGACUGGAGAGACUGGUGAGCGUCCUGCAGGGUCAAAGGUCAAACUACGACACCGACCUCUUCGCCCCGCUGCUCCACGCCAUCCACCAGAAGUCGAGGGCGGGGUCGUACGGCGGCAGGACGGGCGCAGCGGACCAGGGGAGGGUGGACAUGGCGUACCGAGUGGUAGCUGACCACGUCCGCGCUUUAUCGGUCUGCAUCGCUGACGGCGUUCACCCGGGCAUGUCGGGGGCAGAGUUGGUGUUGAGGAGGAUCCUGCGGCGGGCGGUCCGGUUCUGUGUCGAGGUCCUUCAGGCUCCUCAGGGGACGCUGGCCAGCCUGGUCCCAACUGUCGUCCACAUACUGGGGGACGUGUAUCCGGAGCUGCACAGGGAGGUGGACCGGAUCGUGGACGUCAUCAACGAGAACGAGGCUCACUUCCUGUCGUCUCUGCAGCAGGGCAGCAGGCUGAUCCACCGGACGCUCAGCAAGAAGGACUACAAACAUGGAGUCUUUCCCGCCUCGGUGGCCUGGUCUCUGCACAGGGACCUGGGUUUCCCUCUGGACCUGGUGGACCUGAUGUUGGAGGAGAGAGGAGUCCAGGUGGACCGUCAGGAGCUGGACCGCCUGAUCGCAGAGAACCACAAGGUGAGGUCUGACCUUCAUGGCGCCCAGCCUCAGGUGGCGGUGGACGUCCUCAGCCUGGCAGAGCUGCAGCGGCUCAGAGUUCCUCACACUGACGACAGCCUGAAAUACCGGUACAGACUGGAGCAGGACAGAUACGGUACGACCUGGACAGUGUUCCCAGCAUGCCGUGCGACAGUGCUGGCUCUGUAUGACGGUCAGACUCUGGUGUCCGAGGUCAGUGAGGGACAGCGCUGCGGCGUCAUCCUGGAUCAAACCUGUUUCUACUCUGAGCAGGGGGGGCAGUCACAUGACCAGGGCUACUUCACCCGGGACGGACUGCAGGACAUCCUGUACCCUGUGGAGGCCGCGGUCCAGGCGGGAGGGUACGUGGUCCAUCAGGUGACUGCGGCCGAAAGCCUGAAGACUGGAGACCAGGUCCAGCUACACCUGGACCAGGUCCACAGGUUGUCCUGCAUGGUGAACCACACAGCGACUCACGUCCUGAACUUUGCUCUGAGGGAAGUUCUGGGUCUCUCAGUUAAGCAGAGAGGAUCUCAUGUGUCAGCUGAUCGCCUCCGCUUCGACUUCAGUGUCAAGGGUUCACUGAGCGUUUCUCAGCUGCAGCAGGUAGACAGGUGUGUUAACGACAUCAUCUCAGCCAAUCAGAUCAUCUACAGCCAGGAGCUCCCUCUGCAGACGGCCAGGUGCAUCCACGGCCUGAGGACAGUGGACGAGGUGUAUCCGGACCCUGUUCGGGUGGUGUCUGUGGGGAUUCCGGUCUCUGAGCUGCUGGACGAUCAGACAGACAGGCAGACGUCUGUGGAGCUCUGCUGUGGAACUCACCUGCUGCAGACCGGAACAAUCCAGGACCUGGUGGUGGUUUCUGAGCGGCAGAUGGUGAAGGGAAUCAGUCGGAUCGUGGCGGUGACGGGACGGGACGCAGCACGGGCUCGGGAGGCGGGUCAGGUGUUGUCUCAGGAUGUGGACUCUCUGUCGGCCAGACUGACGGGCUCCGCCCCCUCCAGCCUCGACUCCGCCCAGCGCCUCGCCAAGGAGGUCGGGGUGCUCUCUGAUGCUGUAGAUAAUACCCCCGUCCCCCAGUGGACGCGCAGAGAGCUGCAGAGUCGACUGCGAGCCCUGCAGAGGACCAGCAACACCGCCGUCAGGAAGCUGGAGACCAGAGAGGCUGCAGUGCGAGCUCAGGCUCUGCUGGAGAAGAACGGCAGGAAGGACGUGCAGGUGGACUCUGUGGACACGGACUCUCUGUCGGUUGUCAUGAAGACGGUGAACCAGCUGAGCGCCGCCUCUCCUCGCAGUCACGUGAUGCUGCUCGCUCACCAGAGGCAUUCUGGGAAGGUUCUGUGUGCCUGUCAGGUUCCCAAGGACUCUGUGGCCCUCUCUGCCUCUGAUUGGGCAGUGGCGGUGUGUCAUCACCUGGGGGGCAGCGCCGGCGGCUCCGCCCUGGUUGCAAAGGGAACAGGAAGCAGCAGUGACAUCACUGAGGCUCUGAGAUGGGCGGAAGAGUUUGCCCGCCAGAAAACAGGGCGCUGAUGUCAUAAAGCCAGAGAUUAUGACAUUCUGACAUCACAGCGCCUCCUGGGAACUGAGAGGGUCUGAGGGACUGUUUCCUGUUUGGACAGGAAGUGUGUGGGCGGGACCACCUUUAAGAACCAAUCAGAUGUCUGUGGGAGAGUGAGGUGUGGUCUGACUGUGGUGGGCGGGACAUCCUGCUGCUGUCAGCCAAUCACGUUAUUUAUUUUGUUUACACAUUUCAACAUGAUGCUUCCUGCGGUCAGAGUGCACCUGACUAAAGGUACAGGUGAGAAUAAGCCCCGCCCACAGCUGCAGGCAGGCUCCUCCGAUUGGUUUCAUAUGAAUAAAUCAGUGCUCACAGA